GCCAGGAAGAAAGACACCCUGAGCAGCGGCCACAUGGGAUUGGCUAAUCCAUCAGAAGAUUAUAGUUGGGGAAUCCGGGACAAUUUCAUACUUAAAAGGAAGCUGAGCCUGUGACCUGAUGGAGUCAAAAGGUGAAGAAAAUAUACAUGAACUCAUCCAGAUGAUGAAGAAAUAUAAUACCUCAAAACUCUCUCUAAGGAACAUCUUAGAUAUUGGUCAAGAGAAUGUGACUGACAUUGCUCCUACAGUUACAGAAGACCUUCCCCUGACAUUUCUACGGAAGCUCGUUGCCUUGGACAGUACUGCAAGGAGUAUUGAGAUUAAGGAAAAGGAACCGAAAUCAGAAACACGUAAGCCAAGCUCUCAGCCGACUCCACUCCAGCAAUGUGAUUCUGAUGAUGAAGAUAAAUCAAAUUCCAUUAAUCCUUUAGAUGUUCUGUGUGUUCUUCUGCAAUGUUCAGAUAUGUUUUUACAGCAGAACAUCUUCUCGAAAAUGUCCCUGUGCCAGUUUGCUGUCCCACUGCUGCUCCCUGCUGGUGAUGGCCCAGAAUGCACCUUCAUGCUGUGGGCUUUGAGAGACAUUGUCAAGAGAUGGAGACCACAAUUACUAGCAGAGAGUAAAGGGUUUAUAGAAAAAAACCUGGUCCAGGUUCCCAUGCAUUUUUUUUCCUUUGUCAAACUGGGAAAACGAAAAUUAUCCAAAUCUAAAAUCCUUAACCAAGUUCUUAGUCAAACUCAGCAGAACCACAACUUCUUUCUACAUGAUGACAUGGAAGGUGGGAAUAUUGAAAGACAAAUAUCCAAUGGGUUAGUCGAAGUGCAUUGGUAUUUACCUGUUGGAAAUAAGAAUUCUGACAUUUUCCCAGAACCUGUUGCUGUUACUAAUUUGCGUGGAGACAUAGAGUCUCACUGGAUGCAAUUUAGUUUCUUAACCCAAGUUUCAUCGGCAGUGUUUGUAUUUGCUGAGAGCAUUAAUGAGAUAGAAUUUGAGCUGUUUUCAAAGUUGAAGAACUCUACCACAACUUUCAAUUUUAUCAUUACUUCAAGAGGCAAAUCCACAGACCAAAAGACUUCGCAAAUGUUGCAGGAGUUAAGUUUGUUGUUAAAGAUUAAUAAAAGCAAUAUACUGAGGGUAGGCAAAGGGGAUAAUAAUACAGAAAUGGUAAAAAAGCUACGCCAACGUAUAACAGAUUUUAUGUCGGCUUCAAAAAAAACUAAAUUGGAAAACAUGUUGCAUACAGCCCUGGAGCUUGGAAUCAAGGUGGAUGAGAUGAGUGGGGAAUGUCAGAAAGCAAAAAUAUGUGCCUAUGAAAUUACAAAACAUAUCACUGAUGUAGUCAAGUACAGGAAAAAAACAUUUAAACUUCAAGGAGAUCUGUGGAAGCAAAUUGCCCGAGUAGAAAAGGAACUGUGUAGAAUGAAAGAACAAGGGGAUACAGGUACAGAACAAUACAAAUCUCAGCUUAUACAGAGACGUACUGAGCUACACAGGGAGCAGAACAAACAUAAGUUACCUGAUGGCAUGAUCAAAUUUAUUUCUGCAAUAACUGAUUUGUCCCUAAAAGAGAAACAGUAUUUCUUGAAAUUGAUUCAAUUUACCCUUGACUCACUUGCAAGAGAUAAUCUUUCUCUACAACAAACUAAAUACAAGGAGAAAUGUAAAGACUCAAAAACAAAUCAGACUGGACUUAAACAUCUAGACCAGCAGAUGUCUGACAGUUCUUUGGGGGUAGAACAUUUUCUGCGGGAGAUGGGGCAGUUUUAUGAGGCAGAAUGUUCCAUGAUAAAAGAAAAGCAAAUAAAUGCAAAGGAGAAAAAAUUUACCAAACUCCCAGGUAUAGCAGCUGAUCUCCUGCUUGGUGGGUUUCCACUAGAGCUGAUAGAUGGAGAUGCCUCCAACAUUCCCAUGGUGUGGGUGACAGAUAUCCUUACUGAGCUGGACAAGAAAACAGGAGGGAAAUGCAGAAUGAGAGUAAUCACAGUGCUGGGAGUGCAGAGCACAGGGAAAUCCACCCUCCUGAACACCAUGUUUGGGCUGCAGUUCCCUGUGGCCAGUGGGCGAUGCACACGAGGAGCCUUCAUGACACUCAUUAAAGUGAAAGAAAAUUUACAGAAGGAUCUGGGCUGUGAGUUUGUACUGGUGAUUGACACAGAAGGUUUAAAAGCUUCAGAAUUAGCUUCCUUGGAGGGCAGCUAUGAACAUGACAAUGAGUUGGCAACUCUAGUGGUUGGGCUCAGUGAUAUCACCAUAGUUAAUAUUGCCAUGGAGAAUGCAGAAGAAAUGAAAGACACUUUGCAGAUUGUGGUCCAUGCAUUUCUCAGAAUGAGUCACAUAGGAAAGAAACCCAAAUGCCAGUUUGUGCAUCAGAAUGUGAGUGAUGUUUCUGCUCAUCAAAUGAACAUGAUGAGCAGAACGAAACUCCUGAAGCAGCUGGACAACAUGACCAAAGCAGCAGCAAAUAUGGAAAAGAAAAGUGGAAUCACAAGCUUCUGUGACAUCAUGGACUAUAAUAUUGAGGAAGACAACUGGUUCAUUGCUGGGCUUUGGUACGGCGUCCCACCCAUGGCUUCUGUAAGCUCCGGCUACAGUGAGAAUGUGUAUGAACUGAAAAAAUACCUGAUCCAGUAUAUGAAAGAAUCCAGAGAUAGACAAAAUCUCCAGAGCAUUAAAACAUUUAUUAAAUGGACUAAAAGUUUAUGGAAUGCUGUCAAAUAUGAGAAAUUCCUUUUUAGUUUCAGAAACAGCCUGGUAGCUGACGCUUACAAUAAUCUGUCGGUUAAAUACUCCCAAUGGGAAUGGAAUUUUCGGAAGAAAGUUUACACCUGGUUAAUUGAGGCUGAGACAACAAUCAAGAACGAAUCUGCAAAUAAUCUGCUGUCUGAAACAGGUUCCAGGUUUGAUGAUGAUCUGCUUGUUAUUCUCUCCAAAGAAGAGGAAAACAUGUUGAAUUUGCUAAAAGAAUAUUUUAAAGAAAAAUCUAAUCAUGUUGAACUGAUAAUAAAGUACAAAGAAGAUUUCUUUAGAGGCGUUCCAUGUCUCAGAAAGAACCUGCAACAUUAUGUAACAGUAAAGUUGGGUGAGGCUGUUAAAAUCCAAAAUGGAAAAUUAAAAAUUCAGGCCAUUCAGAGAGGCUACCAAAUGAAGAUAGAAAAUGAAGUCACCAAUCUCUUGGAAUCGGUCAAAAGAGAGAAACGUCGGCUCAGUAAUAAGGAGGUCACAAAUGCAUUUGAGACUAUGUGGAAAAGAACCUUAGCAGAGGUACCAAGGAAUCUGUUAGAGAAACGGAAUGUUAGUGAGGAAAUGAUCCAGAAACUUAAAAAAGACCAGGCAAAUAAAGCAAGUUAUAUCAAUGAGAGACUAUUGAAGGUAAGACAUUUAGAAGAAUUUGGUAAAAAUGAAUUCACAAUAAGGGAAAAUCCUUCUGAUACUAAAGAGAAUACAUUUAGUAAAAUAACUGAGUUUUGGCGCAAGCAAAGCAGUCAAAAAUUAAGAGACUUUGCUUUCUCAAUAAUAACGAAAUGCAAUCGUUAUGUCAAUGAGAAGGUUAAGACUGAAGUAGAUUAUAAUGAUAUGUAUUGCCAGGAAUUACUCAACAUAAUCAAUGAAAAACUCGGGGAGAAAGAAUAUGCAAGUCUCCAUUCUACUCAUCAGUUUGAGUUGGAUUUAAAACUCCACAUCUUAGGGAAUGCAGCCCCCAGAUUUCAGCGGAUGCACAAUGCAUUUAACCAACAGAAUGAUCCUGUACUUUGUCUGGAAAAGCUAAAAUCUGAUUAUCUGGCAACAUUUGUAAAUAUAUUCCAGGAAAAGGAUGAAACCCAAAACAGAGCCAAGCGUUUCUGUGAGCUCUGCCUGAAGCCGGCAAUAACCGACCACAUUAACCAACAUCUGGGGAAGGAUAUAGUGGAUGAUAUAGUGCACAGUGGAAAUACCAAAGAAUAUUGCAGCAGAACCUUCUUCCAGUUCACUGUACUAAAGAAACUUCUAGAAGAGAACACAUUUUCCCAAUAUGUACAAUAUAUUAAAUCAUACGAGAGCUUUGUAAAAACCUGGAUAGUAAACUACAUAACAGACAGGUAUAAUCAUUCCCAAUUCCUAAAAGAUUUGCAAGUGAGUAUCCUUACUGGUGUUUGUGGUGAUAUUAGAAAAGGUUUUAAUGAUCUGAAGUCAUCAAAAAUGUCCAGUAUCCAAGACUUGCUCAAACGCUUUUGUGAGGAAUUAAAAACGAAACUAGUGAUUUCUGAGAAAAAUGUCAAAGUGAUCGUUUUUCAUAACACGGCAGAUAUUCAGCAGUUUUCAAAGGAUAUUGAGGUAUUUCUGAUGGACACAGAAGAACAAAUCCUAUCAGAAAUUAAAUCCUCUUGUACAGAAUCAGUACUUGCCAAACUCACAGUGAAACCUGAGGAAGAGCUGUUUAAGAGAGUGUUUGGCUGUGGGAAGCAGUGUCCCUUCUGUGGGGCCCCCUGUGAGGCUGGAGGUACUGACCAUAAGGAGCACUUUGCCUCUGUCCAUCAGCCUCAAGGUUUGGGAAGAUGCAGAAAUUUAUAUAGUCAUAUUUUAGAAACGGAAAUAUGUUCAACUGAUGUUGUUACUGAGAAGGCAUUCAGAAAUGCAGAUACAGAUGAGCAAUGGCACCCUUACAAAGAAUACCGCACAAUCUACCCAGACUGGGCCAUUCAGCCUGACCCCAGCAUCACAGCCUCCGACUACUGGAAAUAUGUUUUUGUAAAGUUCAAUGAAGAAUUUGCAGAAGAAUAUGAAGCAAAGCCGGCUGAUCUGCCAGAGACAUGGCUCCAGAUAACUGAAGAACAAGCCCUUCAAAGCCUCCAAGAAACAUUUCAUAUGAAGUGAUAGUAACUAGUGAUGGGCGAAAAGUUUCGCCAGGCAUGGAU